AUGGUGGAGGAUAGGAAUGAUGUAAAGAUCACGAGUAUUUUGGAGUUGUUCAAUACAAAACCGGACAAACUUGAGUCUUCCAGAGAGUAUUUCGAUAGACUGAAAGGGUAUGGUUCGGGGCUCAAUCCAGAAUUUUUGUCGGUGCAUUUUAUGUUGAAUUGUCGUAAUGAAAAGUUAAAAACAAGGUUGAUUGAAGAAAAUACUACAGAGAUUAAUAUUAUAGAGGACAUUGUUGUCAAAUUUGAAUCGUUGGAUAUCAAUAAUAAUAAAACAGAUGUAGAGAAAGAUUCUUGGAGAAGAGAGGAUAGAACCGAUUGGCAAGACUUUUCGUCUUGGAAAGAGAACAAGCAGACUUUUAAGGCCAACAACAACAAUUACAACGGCAGCAACAACAACAACAACGGCAGCAACAACAACAACAACAGCAAUUACAACAAUUUCAAAAAGACGGUGAUGAUACACCCCUUAUAA